AUGGACGACAAUUCAUGGUUUUUUCUUUGUGUUCUAGUUUUUGGUUUUCUCAUGUGCAAUCAGCCCCAUCAUACAUUUGCUUUAGAUACAAUCUCUAUAGAUGAUUCCCUAACUGGAGAUCAAACAAUCAUAUCAAGAGGGGGAGUUUUUGAACUGGGUUUCUUCAAAUCAAGUAAGUCUCAGAAUCAUUACUAUAUAGGUAUUUGGUACGAGAAAAUCCCAGUUCAAACUAUUGUUUGGGUUGCUAACAGAAAUGAACCAAUUCUUGAUCCAUCUUCUUCAAAGUUAACACUUCUAGAUGGAAACUUAGUUUUACUACAUAAUUUAAGUAACAUACCAAUGUGGUCUACACAUAUAGCUUCAAACUCUCUGAAUACACCUCAAGUCGUUCUCGGCGACGACGGAAAUCUUGUUUUACGAGAUGGGUCUAAUCCAUCAGUUACCAUUUGGCAGACUUUUGAUUAUCCAACUGAUACUUGGUUACCUGGUGGAAAACUUAGGUUCAAUAAGAAAACUAACCAAAGUCAGAAACUUACUUCUUGGAGAAAUCUUGAAGAUCCGGCCAUGGGGUUUUACAACGUAGUAUCAGAUUCAAGACACAAGGGAAAUAUUCAGUUUCUUAUAUACUGGAACAACUCAAAACUAUCAUGGGAUAGUGGGGAGUGGGAUGAAAAAUCAAACACUUUUCUUUUAGCUCCUGAGCUGAAAUUAGAUUUCAAUGUCAUUUACAGUUAUAUUUCAAAUGUAGAUGAGAGUUAUUUUACUUAUUCACUUUACAACAAUUCUAUUAUGUCUGGCCAAAUCAAGAAAUUUGUACGGUCAAAAGGAAUGAAAAAGUGGAAUUUGGAUUGGGUUCAACCGGAGCAAUUAUGUGAUGUUUAUGGUACUUGUGGACCUUUUGGCAACUGUAACCAGGAUACUCAGAAGUGUGAGUGUCUGCCAGGUUUCGUCCCACGAUCUUCUGAAGAUUGGAGUCAACAGGAUUCAACUGCGCAAGAAUGCAAAUCAGCUUGCCAGGAUACAUGUUCUUGCAAUGCUUAUGCUUUCGACUCUCGAUGUCAAUUGUGGGAUGGAGAUAUAGUAAAUUUCAAAAGUAUUGCAUCAUCUAAUCGUGCACGAGAAGUUUUCUAUCUCAGAAGUGAAGCUACCGAAGGAAGGUUAAUAGGAUUCAAAGGGGUGUUAACUAGGUUUUUGAAAUACAAUCUAAAUACAAACAUGUUUGAUGAUAGUGAAAGAAAAGGAGAUACACAUGAAUUGCAAAUAUUUAACUUUGCUUGUUUAUCGAAUGCUACAAACAACUUCUCCUUGAAAAAUAAAUUGGGGGAAGGAGGUUUUGGGCCAGUAUACAAGGGAAAAUUGCAAAACGAGCAGGAAAUAGCAGUGAAAAGAUUGUCUAAAAGCUCUGGACAGGGUAUUGAAAAGUUCAAGAAUGAGGUUCUACUGAUCUCCAAACUUCAACACCGUAAUCUUGUCAAACUGUUGGGCUGCUGCACUGAAGGGGAAGAAAACAUGUUAAUAUAUGAAUACAUGCCCAAGAAAAGCCUGGAUGCAUUUCUAUUUGAUGCAAGGAGGAAAGCACAACUAGAUUGGGAUACGCGCUUCAAUAUUAUUGGGGGAGUUGCUCGUGGCCUUCUUUACCUUCACCGUGAUUCUCGUUUAAGAAUUAUUCAUAGAGAUCUUAAAGUUAGUAACAUUCUAUUGGAUGAAAACAUGACCCCAAAAAUGUCAGACUUUGGAAUGGCGCGGAUAUUUGGUGGUGACCAAAUUAUAACUAAUACUAACCGGGUUGUUGGUACAUUUGGUUACAUGUCACCGGAGUAUAUAAUGGGAGGCACAUUUUCGGAAAAGUCAGAUGUUUUUAGCUUUGGAGUGUUGAUACUAGAAAUUGUGAGCAGCAAGAGAAACCAUAGCUUUGACAAUCCUGAACAACCUUCUACUUCAUGUAAGUAUAAAAGUAAUUACUCUUCGACUUGGAGACUGUGGAAUGAAGGCAAAUGGUCAGAGGUUGUCGAUGAGGCUUUGGGUAAUCUGUAUUCUCCAUUAGAAGUGAUAAAAUGCAUACAUAUUGGUCUGUUAUGUGUUCAGAAUAGAGCAAUGGAUAGACCAAACAUGGCUGAAGUGGAUCUCAUGCUUGUUAGUGAAACUGAUCGUCCAGCUCCAAAAGAACCUCCAUAUACUUUCCCAACAUCAUCAUAUAAGCCGCGUUCCAGUAACAAUAUCACUUUCACUGCUGUUGAAGGUCGAUAG